AGGAGUAGUGCCUGACACACUCACACGCUCUGUGUGUCUCAGGAGUAGUGCCUGACACACUCACACAUGCUCUGUGUCUCAGGAGUAGUGCCUGACACACUCACACACUCUCUGUGUCUCAGGAGUAGUGCCUGACACACUCACACGCUCUGUGUGUCUCAGGAGUAGUGCCUGACACACUCACACACUCUCUGUGUCUCAGGAGUAGUGCCUGACACACUCACACACUCUGUGUGUCUCAGGAGUAGUGCCUUGCACACUCACACAUGCUCUGUGUCUCAGGAGUAGUGCCUGACACACUCACACAUGCUCUGUGUCUCAGGAGUGUCUGCAAGGUAUUUAAUUUUAGGGUUACAUUCCCAAUUUCAGUCAGCCAUUGUUUUCUCUCCCCUUGUCUUGUGGUAGCAGGUUCUUUUCAGUAGAACUUAAACACAAAAAUAAAAUGAACUCCAUAAACCUAGAUUUUCUUUCUUUAGUGGCUAGCUUGCUUGUGAGUAGAAUGGCUUCCAGGCCCAGUAGCAACACCCAGCCCCUACGUUUGUAUUCAGUAGGUGUGGCAACCUGUGACUGCCGUUGUCUGACGCCCUCCUGUUUUAGUCCACAGUAAAUCAGGUGCCUGGAGCAGUAGCUUGGGGCGAUAUCUCUGCACUCUCAGAGAGUUAGCUGAGAGCCCAUUUUAAUCAGGAGGACAGCUGCUCUUCUAUGAAUAAAAGAAAAACCUGGCAGGGAAUUCCCCUUUAAGCUUACUAGUUAUCACUUGCCGUCAUCAUCAUAAGUGAGUUUUUAUGGAAAAAUUAUAGAUAACAUUUGAAGCAGAGAGAACAGUGACUGCAGCAGCAUUCCUGCAGCUGUCCCAGUAUAAUAACUGCAGAACUUUCACUUUGACGAGGGUCACAUUACCUAAAGUAUGAAUGUAUUCCAUUCUCAAAUUGCACUCUUACAAAUGGCUGCUACUCUGUCACAACCUGUAGCGCUUAUAGCCAAUCGCAGCCCAGCACAAAUGAUCUGGCCAAUCACUGCAACACAAACAAGCAGUGAUUCAGAGCUUUGUCAGACUGAAAGAAACAGAAUAGCUGAACUUCGACCUGUCUUGCUGACACUCCACGGGGAGAAAGUGUGUCUCAUUUUCGUGAAGGAAAGCGUAAACUUAUUCUCUCUUCUGCCCUGGUUUAUGCCUUUUGCUUUUAAAUGAAGCAUGCUUAAUUUUAUUUAAUUUGAAAUAGGUGUGUCUUUAUCAAGUGAUUCCUGUUGGCAACAAAAGUACAUCUCUGCCACUUCCAGAUGACCCAGAACAUGUUCACAGAGGGCCUUUACCAAGUGUUCUUUAGAGACCGCCCUCUGCUCCGCCCAGAGACGGAAAACCCCACCCCUGAACAGCUGAAGGAUGCCCGCAUCACCCGCUGGUUUAGAACCAUUGUCAACACUCGCCUCCUGGUCAUUGGGGUGGUACAGGUGCUUAGUGCUUUGGCCUCGGUUCUGACCACCAUCUCCUUCAUCUGUAUGGACUUUGGAUGCUCCGUCUCCAUGACAAUGCCCGUUUGGUGUGGAGUGUUUUAUGUGGCCACUGGGGGGCUUGCCAUCCAUGUGCAGAGGAAGCCAAACAGAGUCAAAGUUUCCAUGCUCAUGGGCUUCAACAUCUUCAGUCUCCUGCUGGGGCUGUUCUCUAUUCUGACCUACAGCCUGCACAUUGCUAAAGAGAACAUUCCACUCAGCACAGGGCAGAGGGUGGGUGCUUAUGUAGCAAAAGGAGGUUCAGUGUUCUUCAUGGUGGUGUGCCUACUGGCCUCUGUGUACACCCUGUUCCUCACAUGGAGGGGUCUCUACCACUACAGCGCCCCCUACAGGAACACCUACAGCCCCCUGCCUCAGGGUGGUGAGGAGCAGUCAGACCUCCUGCUGGAUACAGAGAACAGAGAGUUCAGCCUCUGAUUCUCUCCUCCCCUCCCUUCCCUCCACCCCCCACCCUUCCCCCCGCCUCUCUCCCCUCCCCACCCCCUUUCUGGACCUGCUGUUCAUCAGAAAUCAAACAGGUGUCUGGAAUGUUCUACAAGCGGAACUUCAGUGUGUUCAACUCAUAUCCCUGUGAGCUCAGUGGUCAUGCUUAAACUCAUAUCCCUGUGAGCUCAGUGGUCUCCUGGAGAGAUGAGCCUCAUACUUGCUUCUCUGCACUGGCCUAUUGUUCUGCAUCUUAGAGAGACUAUUGGAGUGUGUUUUAUAUCCAGUUGCUGUUAAUAAUAAAUGCUAAUUAAAAUGUAA